AAAUCAUAAAUCUUAAACCAUUGGAUAAACCCUAAACUCUAUGAUAAAUCUUAAACUCUAAAUCAAAAUCACUAAACACUAAAACACUCAAGGGUGGGUUUAGAGUUUUAGGGUUUAGUGUUUUUAUUUAUAGUUUAGGAUUUAUCCAAUGGUUUAGAAUUUACCUAAGGGUUUAAAGUUUACCCAAGGAUUUAGGGUUUACCCAAGGGUUUAAGAUUUAGGAUUUAGGGUUUAGGGAUUAGGAUUUAGGGUUUAGUGUUUUGCUGACGACGUUAAAAAUAUUUUUUUAAUUCUUUUUUCUGUAAUUACUUUUUUUUUUUACUUUUUUAUUUUAAGAACAUAAUAUAACUGGACAAUAUUUUGUUUCCUUCUUUUAAAAGAUAUCGAAUUUGAAAUAAUGAAAUCUUAUUGGUUGAUAAACCUAGAGAUUUACCCUAGGGGUGAAUCCAAGAAGAAGUCGUUUAUAAAUAUUUAUACUAAAGAAAAGUAACUUGAUUAAACAAAAUUGUAUAAAUACUGAACGUGCGUAACAACCAGAUACACAUCCAAUCGUUGAAAAGGUUUUUAAAAAGAGCUCGGUAGAAAAACCUGUAAAGACAGCCGUAUGAUGAAUUUGUCACUAAGUGCUAGAAAAACUGCGAUGCCAUGUCUUUUAGAGGAAACACAAUACAUCUUCCCCGCCGGAUCACCUACGCUCGUCGAGUUAUUGAAAGACUGCGACAGUUUCCGGAAAGAAGAUUCCAGCUCCGUCACCAGAAGCGACGACACGGCUCAUCACAUAAUAGAUAUCGAUGCUUUACACGUACCACCAGCUGUACCGUUUGUCUUAGCCUUCAUCAACCUCGCAUACAGUGUCACUCUUCGCCAACGGUUUGGUUCCUCGUCCACUUCGGUGAAGACUCUACUCGAUGACGUUUCCGGGGAGGCUUGCGAUGGCGAUAUCCUCGCCGUUCUCGGUGCAAGCGGAGCUGGAAAGUCCACGUUGAUCGAUGCAUUAGCGGGACGUGUUGCAAAGGAGAGUCUAAGAGGCUCCGUGACACUAAACGGAGAUAACGUUUUGCAAUCUAGUUUGUUGAAAGUGAUAUCUGCUUACGUCAUGCAAGACGAUCUCUUGUUUCCCAUGCUGACCGUUAAAGAAACACUUAUGUUUGCUUCUGAGUUUCGCCUCCCGAGAAGCUUGUCCAAAUCCAAAAAAAUGGAGCGUGUUGAAGCCUUAAUAGACCAACUAGGGCUCAGAAGUGCGGCGGAUACAAGAAUAGGAGAUGAAGGACACCGUGGAGUCUCCGGUGGAGAGCGGCGGCGCGUGUCAAUCGGUAUCGACAUUAUCCAUGACCCUAUCGUCUUGUUCCUCGACGAGCCUACAUCAGGGUUGGAUUCCACCAACGCAUUUAUGGUGGUACAAGUUCUUAAAAGAAUAGCUCAGAGUGGCAGUAUCGUAAUUAUGUCGAUACAUCAACCAAGUGCUAGAAUACUAGAUUUGCUUGACCGUCUUAUCAUCUUAUCUCGAGGCAAGAGUGUGUUCAACGGUUCUCCGGCAAAUCUUCCUUCUUUCUUCUCCGACUUUGGUCAUCCCAUCCCGGAGAGAGAGAACAUCACCGAGUUCUCACUUGACCUAGUUCGAGAGCUUGAAAGAGAGCCCAACGAAGGAACCAGAGAGCUAGUAGAUUUCAACGAUGGAUGGCAGAAAAAGAAAUUUGCUCGAGACACGACACAAACUGCAUCUCAACAAGCCUUGUCCUUAAAAGAAGCCAUCGAUGCAAGUGUCUCUAGAGGUAAACUAGUCUCAGGCUCGUCCGGUUCCAUGGAAACAAUAUCUUCAUACGCAAACCCGUCACUGUUUGAAACAUUCAUCUUAGCCAAACGUUACAUGAAAAACUGGAUUCGAAUGCCUGAGCUUGUCGGAACAAGGAUUGCUACCGUCAUGGUGACCGGUUUUCUAUUAGCCACGGUCUAUUGGAAGCUAGACAACACUCCAAAAGGUGCACAAGAGAGGUUAACCUUAUUUGCAUUCGUGGUACCUACAAUGUUCUUUUGCUGUUUAGACAACGUCCCUGUUUUUAUCCAAGAACGUUACAUCUUCUUAAGAGAGACAGCACACAACGCUUACAGAACAUCUUCAUACGUCAUAUCUUAUUCUCUAGUGACCAUGCCUCAGUUAAUAGCCCCGUCCAUAGUAUUUGCCUCCAUCACAUUCUGGACCGUUGGUUUGAACGGUGGGUUACAAGGUUUCUUCUUCUAUGUCCUCAUAAUCUACGCUUCGUUUUGGUCGGGAUCAUCUGUUGUUACUUUCAUAUCUGGUGUUCUUCCCAACAUCAUGUUAAGUUACAUGGUCGCAACAUCCUAUCUCGCAUACUGUUUACUGGUGUUGAGUGGCUUCUACGUGAACAGAGAUCGUAUACCGGUCUACUGGAUGUGGUUUCAUUACAUUUCACUGCUUAAGUUUCCCUACGAGGCUGUCUUAAUCAACGAGUUUGAUGACCCUUCUCGUUGCUUUGUAAAGGGAGUUCAAGUAUUCGACGGUACUCUUAUCGGAGGAGUGUCUGAUUCGGGAAAGGUUAAGCUCCUACAAACUCUGGGAAUGUCGCUAAGGAAGAGGAUAACGGAGUCAACAUGUUUAAGGACAGGGUCUGACUUACUUGUACAGCAAGGUGUUACUCAACUGAGUAAGUGGGAUUGCUUGUGGAUUACGUUUGCAUGUGGCCUCUUUUUCAGGAUCUUGUUUUACUUUACUUUGCUGUUUGGGAGCAAAAACAAGAGGACGUGAGGUAGUAGCCCCAUAAAUAAGUAUGUGCGUUGGUUACAUAUUUAUGUGAGGCUUAAAAAAUUUAAAUAAUAGCUUCUCGAACGGUGGUUGUAUACUUGUAUAGUAUGGAUACUAAUAGCAGUAAUAACAUUUAUGAUCGUUUUAUCUCUAUGUAUUUUUCUGUAAUAAAUAUUCAAAAUAAAUUAUUUAUAUACUUUUCCAAGGCCAUUAUGUAAAAUAUAUAUUUCAUAAAAUGAUUUUUUAAAGGAAAGCUUAUUUAAAAUCCUUUUGAGCUGAUAUCUUAAUUAUCCGAGAUACCAUAUUUCAAACUUCUAUGUUAGAUAGUAGCAAUAUAAAUAUUUUACAAGUAUCUCUACUUUGAAGAAACCUAAAGAAUAUUUAAGGGCAAUUUUUCUAAAUUGUUUUUUUUCUUAGUUUUUGUCUCCAAAAUAGAUUCUGAAUUGGAGGAUCGCUUAAAUAGUCUUCAUUAACUGUUCAAAAGACUCUAAUAUCUUCAAUUAAUAAUAUACCUAGGAAACAAAAAAAGACUUAUGUUCUCUCUCGCUCGACAACGGUUACGACGUUACCGCCAUCUAGACACCGGAGACAAAUUACGCCGAGCCACCGUUGUCACACUCUUUACAUUCAAAUCAGAAUAUAUAGAUGUAAGUUUUGAAUGUUUCUUCUUCAAAAUCGAAAUCAAGGGUUUUGAUUGAAAAUUUGGAAAUCUUCUCUUCUUAGUGUUUUUGAAUUGAAAAUUGGGGAUUUAAAUUUGUUGCUCUUCAGAUAAUAUAUUUGAGCUUGUUUUGUUGUUCAAAUCAAACAGAGUGAACAUAAUCAGAAUUACAAAGAAGGAAUUUCACUAAGCUUGAUUUACAAAAUCUGGCUUACGGAAGAAGAUGAAUCUGUGACCUUGCUUUUUGGUAAGCCAUUUUGAAUCUUUGAUGUUCCUAGUUCUUUUUGACCAAUGAUUUAUUUCUCUCAGAUUCGAAUUUUUUUAGUCUGAUUGUGUGAUAUGAUAUGGUUUCAAACAUGUGUGUGUCGAUGUAUUAGUUCUCUUGUUCCUCUAAAAGUUGUAUCUUUUUCUUGUUAAGAACACACAUGAAAAUUAUAGUUUUUUUCUUGUUCUCGUUUUUCGCAAGUGUAAUGUGCAUCAUUAAAUUUUGUUGGUACUGUUUGUAGCUGAAGAGAAACACCAUUACUCGAGAAGUUGUUCUGGUAAAGAAAAUGCUCUGUUGCACUUGUUGUCCAACGAAGGAAAGGGCCUUGGACGUUGUUGGAGCUCAAAUCAAAGGCUGCUUAAUUUUGGGAACACAAGGUUUCGAGGUAAUAUACCUUUGAUUCAGUUGUUUUCUAUAUAAGUUGAGUUACAUCAGAUGCUUUUCUUGAGAACCAGCUGUUGUUCCUGAGUGUGACUGAGAUGAGUUUGCUUAUGAUAUUUCUAGUCGAUUGCUUGUGCUUGUGAAAGUGUGUGUGUGAACUAGCUGUUGUUCCUGACUGUGACUGAUAUGAGUUUGCUUAUGACAUUUCUAGUCGAUUACUUGUGCUUAUAAAACUUUACGGUUUAUUUUUAAAAAAAUUCAGGAAGGUUUUUUAAGUUUUAGGAUAUCUUUCAAAAAAAUCCUAUAUUAACAAAUUUGAAAAAAAAAAUUGCUUGGUUAGUUGUUUUGGCUUACGCAUAUUGAUAUCUUUGGUAGGCUCGUGAAUUUGCUUAUGACAUUUCCAGCUGAUUGCUUGUGCUUGUGAAAGUGUGUGUGUGUGUGUUUUUUUUCCAUUUCAGAAAUAAUUUGUGUUGUUUCAGGAAAGAUUUCCAGAAAUUCAGUGAGAGGUGUUUGAAAUUAUCAGGGAUUUUAAGUUGUUGGACGAAUUGAACUAAAAAUCUCUUCGAGGAAUAAUAUAGUGUUUUGCCGCUGAGCUAUGGUGUUAUAUUUGUUGGACUAACUAUUUAAAAUUAUAUACACAAGCAUUAUCUAUUUAAUUAAAAAUGUCUGGAUUCCGAAUAGAAUCAAACACGGGUGGAUAUACGGUUUAAGUAGAGUACGAUAGUGGUUUAGUCAAAUAUAAAUGAAUAUAUUGACAAACGUACUUAUAUAGCAUAUUUAGAAUAUCAUGUAACAUAUUUAGGAUGGGUUUACAAAACAUAUUUUGAGUGCAUAUAAGCAAAGCCUCAAUUAUAUAUGUCAUGUGUUUAGCCAAAAUUAAGGAUUUGUACACCAUAUUGGUAAGAAUCAAAUGAAUUUGUCUAAUUUUGAAAAAAAAAGGAUAUACCGUAUUUAUGAUAGCAUGUAACAUAUUUAGGAUGUGUUUCUAAAACAUAUUUUGAGUGCAUACAAGCAAAGUCUCAAUUAUAUAUGUCAUGUAUUUAGCCAGAAUUAAGGAUUUGUACACCAUAUUGGCAAGAAUCAAAUGAAGUUGUCUAAUUUUGAAAAAUAAAAAUUAAUCACAUUUUUAGUAUAUAUCAUAUUUAGGAUAGCAUGUAACAUAUUUAGGAUGGGUUUCCAGGACAUAUUUUGAGUGCAUAUAAGCAAAAUCUCAAUUAUAUAUGUCCAAAAUUAAGGAUUUGUAGACCAUAUUGGUAAGAAUCAAAUGAAGUUGUCUAAUUUUGAAAAAAAAAAAAUUAGGAUAUACUGUAUUUAGGAGCAUGCAACAUAUUUAGGAUGAGUUUUCAGAACAUAUUUUGAGUGAAUACAAACAAAGUCUCAAUUUUAUAUGUCAUGUAUUUCGCCAUAAUUAAGGAUUUGUACACGAUAUUUGUAAGAAUCAAAUGAAGUUGUCUAAUUUUGAAAAAUAAAAAUUAAUCACAUUUUUUUAGUAUAUACUGUAUUUAGGAUAACAUGUAACAUAUUUAAGAUGGGUUUCCAGAACAUUUUUUGAGUGCAUAUAAGUAAAGUCUCAGUUAUAUAUGUCAUGUCUUUAGCCAAAAUUAAGGAUUUGUACACCAUAUUAGUAAGACUCAAAUGAAGUUGUCUAAAUUUGAAAAAUAAAAAUUAAUCAAUUUUAGGAUAUACCGUAUUUAGGAUAACAUGUAACAUAUUUAGGAUGAGUAACCAGAACAUAUUUUGAGUGCAUAUAAGAAAAGUCUCAAUUAAAUAUGUCAUGUGUUUAUCCAAAAUUAAGGAUUUGUACACUAUAUUGGUAAGAAUCAAAUGAAGUUGUCUAAUUUUGAAAAAUAAAAAUUCUUAGACAAGUAUUCAAGAUAUAUUCUAACAUAGUUAAGAAGUCUUCCAAAGUACUUAGACAAGUAUUGAACGAACUGAAGAAGCAUUCAAGAGAACUGAAGAAGCACAUGUAUUAGUAGCUUGCUUGUUACAGCUAUGUGAAUCAGAAAGAACCUGCGGAAUUCUAAUUCUUUUUUUUGAAAGUUUAGUACAUAAUUAGGAAAGCUAUCAUGAAUAGUGCUUAAUUAAUAUAAAACAACAAACCUUUACAUACAAGCAACGGAUUCCAUCAAAUAACAAACCUUUACACACAAGCAACGGAUUCCAUCAAAUCACUUAGUCUUGUCGAUGAAAGUUCUUAUGGAGAUUGUCGGUACAUCUUCAACCAUACUUUUAACCUCCAAAGAGAUUUCAUAGCUCAAAAGUUAUAUCUUCCUCUUGAAUACCAUUUUAAGCAAAUUUUCAUAUUAAAGAUCUUACUCUAAGUGAAUAAACAGUGCAGUCAUGUUCUUAUCCACAUAAAACUCCCACUGGAAAGUAUCCUUUUAGCUCCAUCCUCCACAAACACAAGAAAAAUUCAACCAUAUUUUGAAAACCUGUUAAAAAGAUCAAAACCAAAUCUCAAAAAGAUCAACCAACUGUGAAUCAAAGAGAUUUAAACUAAAUCUUCCAAAAAAAUUCAAAAAACGUGUAA